CCAUCUAAACCCUCCUAUCAAGUCUGUUAAAGCUGUUUAAGUUUAUCUUGAGGGUCUUAAGGUCUUGACUCAUUUCAGUUAACGCUGAGACUAUCAUGGGUCGGGCUGCAGCACUGCUUCCAGUAAUGGUUUUUGCCCUCCUGGGCUUUGAAAGCGUCUAUGGUGGAAGCCAGGUUGGCUCCUGCAGGCUGGUAUGUGACCCUUUCCAAUCCCAGAGUGGAACACAUGACCUGGGGGCCAAUGGCCUGGUCAUUCCUCUUGCCAGCUCUGGAGGUGGCCCCCCAGGUCCAGCGGGACCUCCUGGUAAAGCAGGACCUCCAGGCCCACAAGGUCCCAAAGGAGAGGGCUCUACACCGCGGGGAGCAGUGGCCUUCUACGCAGCCCUGAGGGAGGACUUCGGCAAAGACGACGUGCUGAAGUUCAGUAACGUGGUGACGAACCUGGGCAGCCGCUACGACUCCUCCACCGGCAUUUUCACCUGCCAGUCAGCAGGCGUGUACCAUUUCAGCUACCACAUACUGAAGACUGGGACCAGUCUCAAGGCGGACCUGGUGCUCAAUGACAAGACAGUGGCCAGUGCUGUGGCAGUGGAUGCUCUGCACGCUGACACAGCCAGUAACAGCGCAGUGCUGCAGCUGAGCGCUGGGGACCGGGUGUUUGUGCGCCUCAACAAGAGCGACAGGACCCUCAAAGACACAAACAACAUUUUCAGCACCUUCUCUGGCCACCUGCUGUACGAGCUCUGAAACCCACCCUGCCAUCCCAACACCACUUGACCAUAAUAUAUACAUACAUGUGACAGUGGUGUGUAUGAACUCAGCUGUGUGUCGGAAUUAUAAGGUAAUAAUGUGUCUUUAUUGGCUGUGAGUUCUAUUAGUGCUGUUUUGUAUUCAGACGGAGAGUUCGUCAUUGAAUAAAAAGCAAAGCUCUGUUUCCAA